GAGAACGCAAGAGAGGCGCUGUGUUCGACGACGGGGGUAUCAUAUCUCGUGGCCCACGUCUGAGUCCAGAUUUCACGUUGUAGCUUCCUUAAGUCGAAACAAAGCAAGACUUUCAACUCUCACUCCCUUAAAACUCGGCGAUCAUCAGCCGAACAACCAGGUUACGGACAGGUAGAGUCAGCAGUCGCUGCUGCCGGAGGUACAGGCGACGCGUUUUGCCAAUUCUGCGACAGGCUCAACAUUCUGGGCAAGCAAGGCGGCCGUCUCUGUGAAGGAGUCCGCCAUCUGAUUCUCAAACGAAGUCAAGAUCUACAGUAAAUUUUUCUGAGACUUCUGCGUCGACCACAGUCCAGUGACAAAAGCCAACGGAGCAGCCCGACGGCUGCAUAGGCUGCGGCGUCUCCUUCAAUGCGCGUUGUGGUGUUUUCCAGUGCUCUGGGGCGAGAAAACGAAAGCAAAGACUGCAGCCGAUUUCGUUAGAGUGUCUUGAAUCGCUGUGCCUUUUUGAGAGUUCUGUGGUGGACUAUUUCAACUUCUCUCGGGUAUUCUGUGUCUCCUGCGUGACAGUUGCAUUCCUGACUCUGGAUGGGGGGGAGUCGGUAACUCCAGAGGAAAAGUGCCGCAGUCCCACCGCUUUUUGUCUUUGUUCGGCGGUUCGAAGUGGGCUUUCAUGUGAAUAUAACGUGGGCUUUCUCUUGGUCAGAAGAGCAGUGGAAAACCUCUACUAAAUGCCUGCACCUGCCGACCCGAGGCGAGCUAGGUUGAGUGGUGCAUUUCAACGUUCCUUCCCGGCUGGUUUCGCGUAUUGAAAACUCUGGAGACAAAGUAACAGUCCUGGGCGCACUGUUGUACGUUUAAUUAGCGUCCGUUAAGACUUUCUCAAAAACGCGGGGAUUCCCGUCAUCCAUCUCUGCCGGCACUAUGGGACGCAUGAAGAAUCCGUUCGGUUUCUGCUUCGGCGGGGGAAAGAAGGGGAGGCGCAGCGACAGCCGGAAGGCGGCUCAGGAAAUUCCUGCGAAACAGCCUGAAGAGGAGGAAGAAGAAGAGACACAGAUUCCUCUUCGCUAUCCUCUCUUCGACCCCAGAGCAGUCAAAACCCGCGCCGAAGACCUCGGCGAGGCGCCGCUCUCGAGACCGGCCAGCAUCCCCGUGGAAAUGACAACUCGGGACCACAUCGAACUCCCCGAAGACGAAGAAGAAAACGGUUUUGAAGGUGAAGAGGAACCUGAGGAAGAAGUUUCGGAAAAAGAAGCUCCAGAUGAAAUCGAAGCGCCUUCUCCCCGUGAGGAAGAGGCACCCGCCACACCUCCAAUGAAAGAAGUUGAGGAACCUCAUCAGGAACGUGAGGAAGUGGAGGAACCUCCUGAGGAACGGGAAGAAGUAGAGGCACCUCCUCAGGAACGGGAGGAAGUCGAGGUGCCGCCGCGGCCUGCCCCUCAUGCAGAAGGAGAGAAGCUUCCGACACCGCCGGGGAGUGAGCAGCCUUCCCGAGAAGCCAGUCAGGAAGUUCAGUUGGUCAACCGGGACCCGGUGCCUGUUUCUCCACCUCCGAAAGCACCUGGACAACUCAAGACACCUUCCCCGGAGCGCGUGCCAAUUCCAGAGCCUAGGGAACCGACACCGGAGCCGUCCGAGUCGACGGCGCGUUCCCCCUCGGCGGCUUCUGUCCAACUGCCAGAGAGAGAACCCGCGCACGAAGUGCCAGUCUUCGCGCCGCCUCCCGCCGGCGAUCAGCCGCAAAUGUCUGCGUUUGAAAAGCUGGAAAAUGCGCGAGAAGGCAGUGUCAGCGACAGCCUGCCGACCGCUCCGCAUACGCCUAGGGGACGAUUUUCAGACGAUGACAUGGCUCGAAGACUUCAGGCGAAACUCGCAGAACUGGAGACGCUGCAGACGCUCGCUGAGGUCACCUACUACCGCCAAAAGCGACGAACACGCUGCAGAAUGCGACCUAGAUGGGUGUGUGUGGAGAAAGCCAUUGAUUUCUACGCAGACGCUCACGAAGAGUUCACUGCGAGAGUCCGAGAGAAAAUGAACGUUCACCAGAAAAAGGACUGCUGGAUAUGCAGGGACUUUGACUUCUCAGACAUCCCAGUUCUUCAGUGAGGAAUCAGAGAGACUGCGAAAAAAACUGCUGCCCAAGCGUGUCGUCAUGACCAGAGAGUGAAACGCGAUUUUGCCUCAGUGCAGUUGAGCGGUGUUUUUUCAGAAGGUAGAAGUCAGACGAUGAUUCUCGUGCGGUAUGUCUGACGUCGGUGUAAAAAAACACUUCAGCCUUGCCUUUUCGGAGAUGCAAAGGUCUGCCGAUUCAUCUUGCUGGUGUUUCUUUUGUAGACGCGUGACGUGUGUGACACCUCAAACCAUCUCGAUCAUCAGGUGACGAGAAAGUGAUCUUCGAGAGAACGACUACCAAAGGUGCUUUGGAGAUGUUCGUUUCCUCGACUUUAAACCGGUGUUUCUGUGCCAAGGUAUCGUGAGUCUGUUUUCCCAGGUGACGGAAACAACACGUAGAAGACAUUUUUGCAACGCUUCCCUGCCGCUCGGGUGUUCGCCAGUGACCCCAGCUUCCAAGCAAACAUUCGUGCCUGCAGGCUAGUGAAAUCCGAAACUUUUAGCUACUUGAUUGUCCCACGUCGCAAAUGCUGGUGGGUAAAGGCGUCGAAAACAAACUGAAUUGUAUAGCAGUGUACAUGAAGAUACCGUCACCAAAUUCAUUAUUGUUGCAGCAAAUUCUGCACGUGGUUGAAGUUUCGAGAGGUAGAGCUAAAUCGGUCAGAGAAUGUGACGAAAUUGACAGGU